AGAUCUGACCUGAGGCAGCUGUAUGUGAGAUGUAAAGAGUUAAAACCAGCUACAGUCAACCUUUUAUCUGUCAGCUGUUUAUCUGGAAGCAGGCCUAGUGUUUGUGUCUUUACUAUCGAGUAGAAAUGUCAUCUGUGGUUCAGCACGGCCGACGAAGAGGCUCCAGUAAGAGAGUGUCUUCAGCUGAGGAAGCCAGCAGGAUGAUCCAGCCACCAGAUCUCCGACAAGUCACUGUCUUAACCAAGGCUGAAUGGCUUAGGAUUCAAAAUGAAUUGAACCAGGUUAAUGAAGACAGGGACACUAUGAGAGAGGCGGCAAAACAGAGAGAAGCCCUGCACCUGCGAUCAAAAGAGGUGGAGAAACUGUGGUCCAAUUCUAUCGCUGGUCAAAGGAAAAAAAAGCUAGAGGCAAAGAAGAUCCGGGAGGAGAUUGAGGAGGAGAUGCGGAAACUGACUGAUAAAGAAGAGGCCGAAUAUCAGGAGCAGCAGCGGAAAGAGGCCAUUGAAAAAGCCCAGACUCAGAUGUAUUAUCAAACGGAUCGUGUUAAAGGAUUACAUGGUGCGCUGUUGCUGACAGAGGUGUUGAAGGAGAGGGAGGCUCAGAUUGAACUGAAGCAAAGAAUCAAGAGCGCCUCUAAAGAUGUUGACAAAGAUUUCAUGGAUACGGUGAAGACCAGAGAGGACAAAGCCUUGAGACAGGAGCAGGAGAAAGCACUUCAGAAAAAGCUUGAGACACUGGCUGUUGCAGAGGACCUGAAAAACCAGGUCAAAGAAAUUGAGCUACUGAGAGAGCUACAGAAGAUGGAGAACAUGAAGGACGGAGAGGAAAUCCAACGCCUUAAAGAGCUCAACCAGUGGGAGCAAAGGAUGGAGGAAGAAAGACAAGCAAAGCUGAAGAAAAACCUCAUGCAAGCUCACCUGGAACAUGUCUCAAAUAGAGAAAUAAUAAGAGCAAAAGAUGCACAAAAGCAGGAGGCUGACGAGGAGCAAAGGAAACUUUUUCUCUCUGCAAAAAAUAAAAUGAUAAAGUUACGGAAAGAGAAAGAAAAGGAAUUGUUUGGAGAGGCCCAGAUGCGCAGAGACUGGAUCAUGAACAAGCUGACCGUCGAACAGCAGGAUAAAACUGACAUUGAGGAGCAGAGGAUCGCACAGGCCGUCGCUGAGCAGGAUGCAAAACAGGCACAGCAGCAGAGAGAGAAGGAGGAGAAGGCGGCUGCAAUGAUGGAGUCGAUCGCUGCACACAGAGAACUCAUGAGACUGGAGAAGGAGCAGAAGGACAAAACAGCAGAGCAGAAAACCCGAGACAGAUUUCAGGCCAAGAAAGAGGCAGACAGAAUAUUUUCUGAGAAGCAACAACUGAAGGCUCAAAGGAUGAAAGAAGAUGAAAGAAAACUACAAGACUUCAAUAUCACACAAAUGGCUGAAAAAAGUGCCAUGCAACAGCAGCUGAGAAGAGAGGAGCAUGAGUUUGGAGUGAAGAACGCGGAGCUCAUUGCUGAAGAGGAGAAUAUGUUUCAACAGUACUCACAGAAACUCAUCCGUGCAGCGGCAGAGGCUCAGCGAAAUGUCUUUCCUCUUUGCAAAGCCGCAAGGGAAGGGAUCGGAGGAGGGUGCGGUCCAGUUUCUGGUGGAGUCAGGCCGAGCUACCUCGUUAAGGACCGUACCGGUGCUCAAAUGCCCAAAUAUGUCUCUGGUGCCACCCAGAACAUUAAGAAGCUGAAUGAGGCCGUAGAUAUUCAAGAUGCAAAGUGUAGACUUGGGUUUACAUGGUCAUAGGUCACUCCCAGCUGGCGAUUCUGGUUUUAAGAGUGUUGAGAAUAUAUUGAAUGUUUUAAUAAAAUCACUCAUUCACUACUCCGUUGAUUAUACUCUCAAUAGUGUGCUGUAUUGUGAAAAGCAAAUUGGGAUUUUGGACACUCGUGAAUAAUCGCUAUAUUGCGUCAUCACUUACUGUACAGGGGUAAUGCCGCACAAUUUUCAUAUUUAGAAAAUACGACGCAUUGAACUGUGUGAUUAAAAGUGUCCAUGGGGCGUCCUGGUGGCCUAGGUAGCAUGUCGUUCCCAUCUCCCGCCCUCAUUUUCCUGUCGUCUCACUAGUAAAGGUAUGAAAAUGUACCCCAAAAUGUGCUUUAAAAAAGUUGCCUCCUUGUCAUGUAGACUACUUUUUUAAUCCCAUUGUUGAGAUUUUUGAGAGCAAUUUAUAUAUAAAUAAAGAAUGAUUUGAUGGACACAA